AUGUGGAACGGCGCGCCACCUCCGCCGCCGCCGCAUAUGGCGGCGGCCCCGCCUCCCCCUGGCACGACGGUGCCCGGGGCAGGCCAGCCCCCGCCCCCGCCCCCGCCGGCCGGGGCGCCGCAGAGCGGCAAGCCGCUGACGCCGGCGGAGCUGGAGGCCCAGCUGGUGGAGAAGGCCCGCAAGUGGCACCAGCUCAACUCCAAGCGCUACGGCGACAAGCGCAAGUUCGGGUUCGUCGAGGCGCAGAAGGAGGACAUGCCCCCUGAGCACGUCCGCAAAAUCAUUAGGGACCAUGGAGACAUGUCUUCCAAGAAGUACAGGCACGACAAGCGUGUUUAUCUUGGAGCACUCAAAUUUGUGCCCCACGCUGUGUACAAACUGCUGGAGAACAUGCCGAUGCCUUGGGAGCAGGUUCGCCAUGUGAAAAUCUUGUAUCAUAUCACUGGGGCUAUCACUUUCGUAAAUGAAAUCCCAUGGGUUGUUGAACCCAUAUACCUCGCACAGUGGGGUACAAUGUGGAUUAUGAUGCGUCGAGAGAAGAGGGAUAGACGUCAUUUUAAACGAAUGCGCUUUCCUCCAUUUGAUGAUGAGGAGCCCCCACUGGACUAUGCUGAUAAUUUGUUGGAUGUUGAACCACUUGAAGCUAUACAGUUGGACUUGGAUGAGGAGGAAGAUGCAGCUGUCUAUGAAUGGUUCUAUGAUCACAAACCUCUGAUGAAGACAAAACUUAUAAACGGCCCCAGUUACAGGAAAUGGCAUCUAUCCCUUCCCAUAAUGGCAACACUAUAUCGCCUUUCUGGCCAGCUGUUGUCAGAUCUGAUUGAUAGGAAUUAUUUCUACCUAUUUGAUAUGGAGUCCUUCUUUACUGCCAAGGCCCUUAAUAUGUGCAUUCCAGGGGGUCCGAAGUUUGAGCCAUUAUACCGUGAUAUGGAGAAGGGUGAUGAGGACUGGAAUGAGUUUAAUGACAUAAAUAAGCUCAUCAUACGUCAGCCACUUCGAACUGAGUACAGGAUUGCUUUCCCUCACCUAUACAACAACAGGCCAAGGAAAGUGAAACUUGGUAUCUAUCAUACCCCCAUGAUAAUGUAUAUCAAGACUGAAGAUCCAGACUUGCCAGCAUUCUACUAUGAUCCUCUGAUAAACCCUAUCACUUCAACCAACAAGGUUGAUCGUCGGGAGAGGAAAGCAGCUGAAGAGGAAGAUGAUGAAGAUUUUUGUCUCCCAGAAGAUGUAGAGCCUCUCUUGAAACAGACUGAACUCUACACUGAUACAACAGCUGCUGGUAUAUCAUUACUUUUUGCUCCAAAGCCUUUUAACAUGAGAUCUGGUCGGACACGUCGUGCAGAGGAUAUUCCUCUUGUAUCUGAGUGGUACAAGGAGCAUUGCCCUCCAGCUUAUCCUGUGAAAGUUCGUGUGAGCUAUCAGAAGCUAUUGAAGUGUUAUGUGCUCAAUGAGCUACAUCAUAGGCCUCCCAAGGCUCAGAAAAAGAAGCAUCUGUUCCGUUCACUCCAAGCAACUAAGUUUUUCCAAACUACUGAGCUUGACUGGGCAGAAGCAGGCUUGCAAGUUUGCAAGCAGGGUUACAACAUGCUGAACUUGUUGAUUCACAGGAAGAAUCUUAACUAUCUUCAUUUAGAUUACAAUUUCAAUUUGAAGCCUGUGAAGACUCUUACAACAAAGGAAAGGAAGAAAUCUCGUUUUGGAAAUGCAUUUCAUCUGUGUCGUGAGAUUUUACGACUUACAAAGUUGGUUGUUGAUGCUAACAUACAGUUCCGUCUGGGAAAUGUCGAUGCCUUCCAGUUGGCAGAUGGUCUGCAAUAUAUAUUUUCUCAUGUUGGGCAGUUAACUGGUAUGUAUAGGUACAAGUACCGAUUGAUGAGGCAGAUUAGGAUGUGCAAAGAUCUGAAGCACUUGAUAUAUUACCGUUUCAACACUGGUCCUGUUGGUAAAGGACCUGGUUGUGGGUUUUGGGCUCCAAUGUGGAGAGUGUGGCUCUUCUUCCUUCGAGGUAUUGUCCCACUAUUGGAGCGCUGGUUGGGUAAUCUUUUGGCACGGCAGUUUGAGGGUCGUCAUUCCAAGGGUGUGGCCAAAACAGUAACAAAGCAACGUGUUGAGUCUCACUUUGAUUUAGAACUUCGUGCUGCAGUUAUGCAUGAUGUUCUAGAUGCUAUGCCUGAAGGCAUCAAGCAAAACAAGGCUCGAACUAUAUUACAGCAUCUCAGUGAGGCAUGGCGAUGCUGGAAGGCAAAUAUCCCAUGGAAAGUCCCUGGUCUGCCUGUGCCUAUUGAGAACAUGAUUCUUCGUUAUGUGAAGUCGAAGGCAGACUGGUGGACAAAUGUUGCCCACUACAAUCGUGAGCGUAUCAGGCGUGGUGCUACAGUUGACAAAACUGUUUGUCGGAAAAAUCUAGGAAGGUUAACUCGUCUGUGGCUGAAGGCAGAGCAAGAGAGGCAACACAAUUACUUGAAAGAUGGGCCAUAUGUAACUCCUGAAGAAGCUGUUGCUAUCUAUACAACAACUGUUCAUUGGCUGGAAUCAAGAAAGUUCUCGCCAAUUCCUUUUCCGCCGUUGUCAUACAAGCAUGACACUAAACUUCUUAUACUUGCACUGGAAAGGUUGAAGGAGUCAUACAGUGUAGCAGUUAGAUUGAACCAACUGCAACGAGAGGAGCUUGGGUUGAUUGAACAAGCGUAUGAUAAUCCACAUGAAGCACUGUCAAGGAUAAAAAGGCAUCUCCUUACUCAGCGAGCUUUCAAAGAAGUCGGUAUAGAAUUCAUGGACCUGUACAGCUACUUGAUUCCGGUAUAUGAAAUUGAACCUCUUGAAAAGAUCACUGAUGCAUACCUUGACCAGUACCUGUGGUACGAGGGGGACAAACGACACCUCUUCCCAAAUUGGGUUAAGCCUGCUGAUUCAGAACCACCACCUCUUCUUGUUUAUAAAUGGUGCCAGGGCAUAAAUAAUUUACUGGAUAUAUGGGACACAAGUGAUGGACAGUGUGUUGUGAUGCUCCAGACAAAAUUUGAGAAGUUCUUUGAAAAAAUUGAUCUGACUCUGUUGAACAGGCUUCUGCGGUUGGUCUUGGAUCAUAACAUAGCUGACUAUGUCACUGCAAAGAACAAUGUAGUGUUGUCUUACAAGGACAUGAGUCACACAAAUUCGUAUGGUCUCAUUCGAGGGCUUCAAUUUGCAUCUUUUGUUGUUCAGUAUUAUGGCCUUGUGCUGGAUCUCCUGAUUCUUGGUCUAACUCGUGCAAGUGAGAUUGCUGGGCCACCUCAAAUGCCAAAUGAGUUCCUUACAUAUGCUGACACAAAAGUUGAGACAAGGCAUCCCAUCAGAUUGUAUUCUCGAUAUAUUGACAAGGUGCAUAUAUUGUUCCGGUUCACCCAUGAGGAAGCACGAGAUCUAAUUCAGCGUUACUUGACAGAACAUCCUGAUCCUAACAAUGAGAACAUGGUUGGUUACAAUAACAAGAAAUGUUGGCCCAGAGAUGCAAGAAUGAGGCUUAUGAAACAUGAUGUGAAUCUUGGAAGAAGUGUGUUCUGGGAUAUGAAGAACCGCCUUCCAAGGAGCAUUACAACUUUAGAAUGGGAGAAUAGCUUUGUCUCUGUUUACAGCAAGGACAAUCCAAACCUGCUUUUUAGCAUGUGUGGCUUUGAAGUCCGGAUACUGCCAAAGAUACGAAUGACUCAGGAGGCGUUCAGCAACACUAAAGAUGGAGUAUGGAAUUUGCAGAAUGAACAGACAAAAGAAAGGACAGCAAUUGCCUUCCUGAGGGUUGAUGAUGAACAUAUGAAAGUGUUCGAGAACCGUGUCCGGCAGAUUCUAAUGUCAUCAGGGUCAACAACAUUCACGAAGAUAGUCAAUAAGUGGAAUACGGCUCUCAUUGGCCUUAUGACAUAUUUUCGUGAAGCAACUGUCCAUACCCAGGAGCUUUUGGAUUUGCUAGUCAAAUGUGAAAACAAGAUCCAGACUCGUAUAAAGAUUGGCCUGAAUUCAAAGAUGCCUAGCAGGUUUCCUCCAGUUAUCUUCUAUACUCCCAAGGAGAUUGGAGGUCUUGGAAUGUUAUCAAUGGGCCAUAUUCUUAUACCACAGAGCGAUCUUAGGUAUAGCAAGCAGACAGAUGUUGGUGUAACACAUUUUAGAAGUGGUAUGAGCCAUGAAGAGGACCAGCUUAUUCCGAACUUGUACCGCUACAUCCAGCCAUGGGAGAGUGAGUUUAUUGAUUCACAGCGUGUUUGGGCUGAGUAUGCUUUGAAGAGGCAGGAAGCACAAUCACAGAACAGACGAUUAACUCUUGAGGAUCUUGAGGAUUCAUGGGAUCGAGGUAUACCUCGUAUCAACACUCUUUUCCAAAAAGACCGCCAUACGCUGGCCUAUGACAAAGGAUGGAGAGUGAGAACGGAUUUUAAGCAAUAUCAAGUGCUGAAACAGAACCCAUUCUGGUGGACACAUCAGCGGCAUGAUGGGAAGCUUUGGAAUCUAAAUAACUACAGAACUGAUGUCAUUCAAGCACUUGGUGGUGUAGAAGGCAUCCUGGAGCAUACAUUAUUUAAAGGGACUUAUUUCCCUACUUGGGAGGGUCUGUUUUGGGAGAAGGCAUCAGGUUUCGAAGAGUCAAUGAAAUACAAGAAGCUGACAAAUGCACAGCGUUCUGGUCUCAAUCAAAUCCCUAAUCGAAGAUUUACCCUGUGGUGGUCACCAACCAUCAAUCGUGCAAAUGUGUAUGUUGGUUUCCAGGUCCAGCUAGAUCUUACGGGGAUAUUCAUGCAUGGGAAAAUCCCGACAUUGAAGAUUUCUCUGAUCCAGAUCUUCCGUGCACAUCUGUGGCAAAAGAUCCAUGAAAGUGUUGUUAUGGAUCUUUGCCAAGUUUUAGACCAGGAGUUGGAUGCACUUGAGAUUGAGACUGUGCAGAAGGAGACAAUACAUCCCAGGAAGAGUUACAAGAUGAACAGCUCCUGUGCAGAUGUCCUUCUGUUUGCUGCACACAGAUGGACGAUGUCCAAACCAAGCUUAGUUUCUGAGUCGAAGGAUCUCUUUGAUCAGAAAGCAAGUAACAAGUACUGGAUUGAUGUGCAACUGCGUUGGGGAGACUAUGAUUCACAUGACAUAGAACGUUAUACAAGAGCCAAGUUCAUGGAUUACACAACAGACAAUAUGUCCAUAUACCCAUCGCCAACUGGUGUGAUGAUUGGAAUCGAUCUAGCUUAUAAUUUGCACUCUGCUUUUGGCAACUGGUUUCCCGGAUCAAAGCCACUACUUCAGCAGGCAAUGAACAAGAUCAUGAAGUCAAAUCCUGCUCUGUAUGUCCUGAGGGAGAGAAUAAGGAAGGGUCUGCAGUUGUACUCUUCUGAACCCACUGAACCAUACCUGUCUUCACAGAACUAUGGAGAGAUAUUCAGCAAUCAAAUCAUAUGGUUUGUGGAUGAUACAAAUGUGUAUCGAGUCACUAUUCACAAAACAUUUGAGGGUAACUUGACCACCAAACCAAUCAAUGGUGCUAUUUUCAUUUUCAAUCCAAGAACGGGUCAACUUUUUCUUAAGGUUAUCCACACAAGUGUAUGGGCAGGGCAAAAACGUCUUGGGCAGCUGGCCAAGUGGAAAACAGCUGAGGAGGUUGCUGCAUUAGUUCGAUCUCUUCCUGUCGAAGAGCAGCCAAAGCAAAUUAUUGUGACAAGGAAGGGCAUGUUGGAUCCCUUGGAGGUCCAUCUACUUGACUUCCCUAACAUUGUUAUCAAGGGCAGCGAGCUGCAGCUUCCUUUCCAGGCUUGCUUGAAGAUUGAGAAGUUUGGUGAUCUUAUACUGAAGGCAACUGAACCACAGAUGGUUCUUUAUAAUAUAUAUGAUGAUUGGUUGAAAAGUAUCUCAUCAUACACAGCAUUCUCUCGCAUUGUGCUUAUUCUACGUGCACUUCAUGUGAAUAAUGAGAAGGCAAAGAUGUUGCUCAAACCUGACAAAACAAUUGUUACUGAACCACAUCAUAUAUGGCCAACUCUGAAUGAUGAACAGUGGUUGAAGGUUGAGUGUGCACUAAGGGACCUCAUUCUUUCUGAUUAUGCAAAGAAAAACAAUGUUAAUACUUCUGCACUCACACAAUCUGAAAUGCGAGAUAUCAUCCUUGGUGCUGAAAUUGCUCCACCAUCACAGCAGAGGCAACAGAUUGCUGAAAUUGAGAAACAGUCAAGAGAGACGACUCAGUUAACUGCUGUAACCACAAGGACGACAAAUGUUCACGGAGAUGAACUCAUUAUCACAACCACAAGUCCAUACGAGCAACAAGCAUUCGCAUCAAAGACUGAUUGGCGUGUCAGAGCCAUCUCUGCCACAAACUUGUAUCUUCGUGUAAAUCACAUUUAUGUCAAUUCUGAUGAUAUAAAGGAGACUGGCUAUACUUACAUUAUGCCGAAGAACAUAUUGAAGAAGUUCAUAUGCAUAGCAGAUCUGCGGACACAAAUUGCUGGAUUCUUGUAUGGGCUGAGUCCACAGGACAAUCCUCAAGUUAAAGAGAUUAGGUGUAUAGCCAUUCCUCCGCAGCAUGGAACACACCAGAUGGUGACUCUGCCAGCAAAUCUUCCUGAGCAUGAGUUUCUUAAUGAUCUCGAACCCUUGGGAUGGAUGCAUACACAGCCAAAUGAAGCUCCACAGCUAUCGCCACAGGACCUGACAUCACAUGCCAAGAUUCUGGAGAACAACAAACAAUGGGAUGGUGAGAAGUGCAUCAUUCUGACAUGCAGCUUCACCCCAGGAUCUUGCUCGUUGACUGCAUACAAGUUGACACCAAGCGGUUAUGAGUGGGGACGCAGCAACAAGGACAACGGAAGCAACCCGCAUGGAUACCUCCCAACUCAUUACGAGAAGGUCCAGAUGCUUCUGAGCGACCGCUUCCUUGGUUUCUACAUGAUUCCGGAUAACGCCCCUUGGAACUUCAACUUCAUGGGAGUGAAGCACGACCCACAGAUGAAGUACAACAUGAAGCUGGGCAUGCCCCGGGACUUCUAUCACGAGGACCACAGGCCGACACACUUCCUUGAGUUCAGCAACAUCGAGGAGGGAGAGGUCGCUGAAGGUGAUAGGGAGGACACAUUCACAUAG